AGUGCACAUUUGAUGAAGACGAUCGCAAUAUCGAAACAAAGAAGCACACAACGCUUCAGGGAUUUGUGGAGUGUUGGAGAUCGUGUCAUCACAAACCCUUGUUUACGUUCCUCACUCACUUUUCAGCUCGAAAGCGAACCGAUCCGUCCACAGGGAAGAAAACAAUCAAGACAGACGCGAAGCUCGUGGAACGUCUUUUAGAAGCCUAUUCUGAUUUGCGAGACGAUGUUUCGAUCGCGUUCGAUAACAUGCUCGUCGAUUUUGCAAAGGUCUAUCCGUCGGUUGUGUGUCAGAUUGAAAUGUUUUAUUCUGUUUGCAUCAAACACAUGAAACAUAACCUUGAGGGGGAAAAUAGUCUUGUGAAUAGAUAGAUCCUAGACUCGAUCGUGCUUCUCACUCCUACGUGUCGCAGCAUUAGAAUUUAUCAUCGCACCAGUCUGCAUAUGGUUCGAUGUAACACCAGUAGAGUCGUUCAAGUCUGAGUCUUCUAGCACUAUUCAUCACACGAGCCAUCAUAACAAACUGUCUCCAUCGGUCUGCAUAAGUCCCUGUUGCGUCUUUUUCACUACAGUCACAGCCGGCAGUCGACCUUACCUCGUUUCGAAAAAUGAAUAGAUAGGUCAUUUUCCUGCAUCGAAGGAGGCGGAGGCGGAGGAGGAGGCAUGGGGGUUUCGAUGAAUGGGUGAGAAUGGCUGCUCUGUGUUUGCAUGGGGACGUUAACAGAAAUCUGAGGGGGUGGUGCGGUAGUAUAAGUAAGAGAGGAGUUCAUAAGAUUUUGUUGCCAUUGUUUCAUAGAGUUAUCAACUAUUUGGAGAGAGGUGGACUUGGGGGGCUUUAUCUACGUGAAACGAACACUAAAAAACUACUCCUAGAUCAAUAGGGAUGCUGUCUAUUGCUUCAAUAGUGCCCUCCGUAGUCAAAGAUGGAUAUCGCUCACACACAGUACGCUACAUUGUUAACACCGAAAAUAAAAAUACUUUCCAAGCCAAAAGUUCAGAAACGUAUUGAACGAGGUAAUCAAACUGAGUUUCUAAACGCUGAAUUCGAUUUUCCAAUUCAAUGUCGCAGUCCCCAUUCUGUCUUCUCCGAAUCUUACAUAGCAGGUCUUUACGUCCACGAAGGAACUGCGGAUGUCUAAAUUCACAGCUCUUAGUGUAGCCUUGGCCAUCAUCACCAGAGGAAUCCCUUCCAAUCUUACGAAAUCCGUAAAAAUUCAGUUGACGGACAAAAGAAUUGAAUUUGGUAGAUUUAAAAUACUUGUUCAUAAUCUGCUGAGAAAAUUGUUGAGGAGAAUACACACAGAAAGAGUCACCUACUGA